CAUUAGCUGACAUUAGCGACAUGACGAUUCUCGAGGUAUCUGUUUUUCCUGGAACGCAUUUGAUCCUGAUCCAGUGAUCCAAGUUACUCAAAUUUCCAGACGAAGACGUGCUUCUGAAUGAUAUGUCAUUUGAAAAGAGAGCAAGAGCGAAAAGAAAACAGGAAUAAGUUUUGCUAAACUUAUUAUUGUGAUUUAUUUUGAUAUUUUUCUGUAACACUUGUCUUUGCAUCAUUACUCUGUGGUUUGGAGGUCAAUCAUGGAUAAAAUGGAUAAUUUGGUGGACAGUAUUUUGAAUAUGUAUAAAACACCAGAGCCUUUGAGGAUAGUUAUGCCAGCUCCUUCUAGUCGGAGAUACACGAAUCAAGGUGGAUCAUCUAGGCUGGAUAAAGAAUUAGAUUCUUGUGCCACAGUGGAAUCAGAGACAGCCUAUAUUGAAGAAUAUGUUCGAAAAGAUGAGGAAGAUUACAUAAAGUUGAAAAACAGCAUAUUUUUUAGCAAUAAUGAUUAUAUGGACACUGUGUCAGAAGUGUCUGGAGAUGUAAUGGAGAUUCGCAAGCGAGAUGCAGCUCAACUGUACAGUUCAUACAACUUUGCGCAUCGACCCAAGACCAAUUUACCUAUUCUUGAAUUGAGAAACAAAGUUGUAUCCAUGAUUUCGAGCAAUUCCGUUGUUAUUAUUCGCGGUUCCACAGGUUGCGGAAAAACGACGCAGGUGCCGCAACUUAUUCUUGACGCCAUGUAUGAAAAGAAACAACAUUGCAACAUUAUAGUAACGCAGCCUAGACGUAUUGCCGCUAUGAGUGUCGCAAAGCGGGUCUGUCAAGAGAGAGAUUGGACCGUUGGUACAAUUGUGGGCUAUCAAAUGGGUUUGAUCAAAAACAUAUGCCACGACACUCGCAUUACAUAUUGCACGACCGGUGUACUCUUAAAUAAGCUCACAAACAAAAAACACAUGAUGGAUUACACUCAUGUUAUAUUAGAUGAAGUACACGAACGCGACGAAGACAUGGAUUUCCUUUUGCUCGUAGUGAGAAAAUUAUUACGAACAAACUCCACAAUGGUUAAAGUCAUACUGAUGUCUGCGACCAUCGACGUGGAGAAAUUUUCGGUGUAUUUUUCAACGCCUUUGGAAAAUGAACUUGUAGCCGCACCGAUUAUUGAUAUCCCCAAGAGUAGCCCCUUCAACAUCUCGAUAUAUUAUAUAGAUGAGUUGGAUAAUUUGGGCAGUAUUCCACAAAUAACCGAGGAACCAAAAUUCUUGAGUGCUGUUGCGGAGUUUUCCGCGCGUAUUUUAAGUGUUUUCGACAGUAUUGAGAACCAAAAGAACGAUGAUAGCGAUGAGUACAAUAGAUCUGCCGUGCUAAUAUUUCUACCAGGAUUUGCCGAAAUUGAAGAGAUGCGUAAUAUUCUUCAGUCUGAGAAGUAUGUGGAUGCAAAAUGGGAUAUACUUAUUUUACAUUCAUUGAUCUCGACUGAGGAGCAAGAAAAUGUAUUUAAGAAGCCACCUAAAAAUCACCGGCGUAUCAUAUUAUCGACGAACAUUGCCGAGAGUAGUAUUACUGUGCCAGAUGUUAAAUUCGUGAUCGAUUUUUGCCUGACAAAACUUCUUGUCACCGAGCCUGGAACUAAUUACCAAUGCCUACAAUUUUGUUGGGCAAGCAAAUCAAGUUGUCAACAACGUGCCGGACGUACAGGCCGCGUGAUGGACGGCAGAGUAUUCAGAAUGGUGCCAAGAGCAUUUUACGAGAAGGUGUUGGCGGAAGAGUCUCUUCCAGAGAUGCUCAGGGCUCCGCUCGCAAAUGUAAUUCUUAAGACGAAAAUGCUGGAUAUGGGUGAACCAAAGGCUCUUCUCGCUCUUUCUCUGGAUCCACCGAAUCUCAGCAAUAUACGGGACACUAUAUUAACAUUGAAGGAAGUCGGCGCGUUGCUUAAAAAGAGCACACACGAAUUUGAUGGGGACAUGACGCCCUUGGGUCGUGUAAUGGCCUCUCUUCCGUUAGACGUACAUGUGACGAAGCUGAUUGUCCUAGGUCAUCUUUUCGAUGUUUUGUCGGACGCGAUUAUUAUCGCGGCAAGCAUGACCGUUAAGGAUAUGUUCAACAUCGGCCUCUUCGAAUCGGAGACAACCUAUUAUGAGAAAAUGUAUUGGUCCGCCAAUUCCGAUAGCGAUAGCCUAGCCUGUUUAAAUGCCUUCAAAGUAUGGCGAAACGACAAAGCAAAUCGCCGUAUAAAUACUCCUCAUCAGGAAAAAGAAUGGGCACGACGAAAGAGCCUUCGCGUGAGAUCAUUACGCGAGAUUGACGCCUUUAUAUCUGACAUAACGUAUAAGUUGCGCAACUUUGGCAUAACAGAGACUGUGGGUCCUGAAAAAAUCACUUGGGAAAGUCUCAAUAUUGAGCGCGCUUUUGUACUUAAAUGUAUAAUCGCCGGUGCAUUUUAUCCGAAUUAUUUUAUUAAAUUUCCAUAUAAUAUAAAUGAGCGCAAGCAGGAAAUAGAGAAGAUGCUGGCUUACCGCAAUCCUAUGAAUACUAUUGUCCUACGAGGCUGGCCGAGCAAACAACCUGGGUCAGUAUAUGCUAGAAGGUUCCAGGAAAUCUUUGGACGGCAUAUGGAUCUCAAAGACAAUGAUAACAUAACUGUAUCCUUCGACGGAUCAACUCGCGUUUACAUCGAAUACGAGCAAAAGAAUCGCAUGCCGAACGAUUACACUUUCGUUCGAAAUUGCGUCAAGCUGAGACAUUGUCGGAUGCCAAUUAAGAUAGAGUUAAUGAACCAGAUAGACGCUAAUCGCCGAGCUAAAGAACUUGGGCUUACGAAAGAAUAUGAAGAACUUUUGUUUCAAAUGCUUCCUCAUCAGGAGAAUUUGUGUGUAAAAAGAUACAUGUACGAUAAAAAGCCGUAUCCAGCUUUACCGAAAGAAGACGAAUAUCAAUCCAAAGUGAUAUUGCAAGGUCCUUUCUCACCGAUAGAGAUUCAGCUGGUCCAUUUGGUGUCCAGGGGAAUGAUAAAAAGAGUGAGCGUGGACCGUACGUCGGUGAACUCGGUUUUACUCGAUACUUGUCCGGAUAAUCCAAAAGGGCUUUUUUUGGUGGCGCAAACCAUCACUCGAGACUCUAAGAAUAUAUCGCAUCUGAUUCUACGGCACACGACUCUCUUACCUAAUACACCCGGUCUUACAUCGCUGAUCACCUUAAUUUUCACGCCGUAUAUGGAACUACGUCGUAGCCCUUUGGGCACUUGUUACACAGGCGCUCUGUGUGGACUCGGAUACGAUUUUAGUACGGGGAAAAGCUUUUUUCCGGAUCAUGAUUUAGAAAUCAUGUUUGAUGUCGAGAUCACGAUGAAUGAUUUGCGAAUGAUUAAUAAGUUGCGACAUUGGAUGAACGUUGCGAUGCACUUUAAUACUCUAUCUGAAAUUGUGGAUGAUGAGGCUCAUCACGAGAUGACUAUAAAUUGCCAAAAUCAAAUUAAAAAAGCAUACAAAGAUAUUAUAUAUCAAACCCGUAAGAGAUUACAAUCAGUUCCAGUUAAUGACUUUGACAAGUGGAACCGAUAUGAUAAUUUCAUGUUUCUCGUGCCUGCUCGAGAAACCUCGAAGAAAAGUAAUGUAUACGGUUUGCAUAGAGCAUUGGAAUUAAACGAAGGAAACAAAAAACUCGAAGAAAUGAUCAUGCAUCUGUUAGAGUUAGAGGCUACAGCUUAUCAGGACCCGCGUGAAACAAGCAUUGAACCCGUUUAUUGCAAACUGUGUAGGAUAGAAUCAUGUGGCAUCAUUAAUCUUCGUGCACAUUUGUGUUCAAAGCAGCAUACAAUGAAACUACAAACGAUAGACACAACUACUGAUUUUGGAGAAGAUCUGCAGAGUAUAAUGGAAAAACUGAGGCUAUAAUACAAUAAGUAAAUCUCUGUGCCUUUAAUUUGUCUUUUUGAUUUAUUUUAUGACAUGACUUUAUUUAGUUUAUAACAAUUUGUGAUAUUUUUUUAUAUGAAUAAGGUUUCUUUUGUAAAUAAAUAAAAAGUACAAUGUUACUAUUUGUAAUACA